AUGUCGACCGCCCCCAAUCCCGCGGACCCAAACUCGUUCAACCACCGCUUCGUGCGGAUCCCGACGACCCAACACGUGUACCACGUCGUCGACCAAGCCCCUCUCCACCACCGCGGCGACCUCGCCGAUGCGCCGACCUUGUUGCUCUGUCAUGGCUUUCCCGAUUUGUGGUUCGGAUGGAGGUAUCGUGAGUUUGACUUCUACCUGGAUGAUGAUAACGGAGGGUGGGAGAGAGUAGAAUGUGCGGUCUGGCUGAGGUGAUUGGCUUCCCCCCGCUUGUGCUUCCCCACAUUGACACCUUGCCUCGACUCCGUCGCAACCACUACGGCGUACCGUCGCCCCACUCGCUCCAUCACAUCCGAACAGAGAUCCACGCCUUCGCCGCUCGAGGUUGGCGCGUGAUCUGCCCCUCCCAACUCGGCUACGGCCUCUCUUCCGCCCCCUCGGACCCUUCCCACUACUCGUACAAAACGGUGGCCUACGACCUGAACCUACUCUUGAACGAACUCGACGUCCCUGGACAAGUGAUCAUGCUAGGCCACGACUGGGGAGGUAUGGUCGCUUGGCGAUUCACGAAUUACUUCCCCCACCGAGUCAAGGCGAUCGCAUGCGUCUGUACGCCUUACCAAGCCCCCGCUAAUUCGAAAACGCCGAUCAUCUCGGACGAAGAAUUGAUCCGCCAGUACCGACCCAAUUUUGGCUAUCAACUCGCUUUCAAGAAGGCCGGGAUGGCGAACAAGUUGGAUCAAGUCGGUGAUGUGUUUUUGGAACCGAUGCAUUCGGCGAGGUUCAGACGUCGACCGAAGGAGGCCAAACCCGAGGGAAGCGAGAUGAGCUCUUGGGUUCAGGAUGGGAGGUUGGAGAAGAGCGUCGAGAGGCAGAUCGAACAACGUCGUCAGGGCAAAUUGCCCCAACCUGAUCCCGAACCAGUGAGUGACUCCCAAGAUACCUCUCGACUCGAUUUCAUCACCCCCCACCCCCCCCCCCCCCCCCAAGCUGAAAAUCCUGACUCCCCUAACCCCCUUCUCAGGAACUCGAUUUCUACCUCUCAACCUACUCUAAAACCGGUUUCGCCGGCCCGUUGAACUGGUACAAGACGCGUUCCAUAAACCAACUCGAAGAAGUCGCCUCGAACCUAUCCCCCACGUUCCCGCCCCACAUCCCCGCUCUCCAAUUGCCCGCAGCGUUGGACGCGGCUUUGCCUCCCGAGAUGUGUCUAGCCCCCGCCGUACUCAAGUGUUUCCCAGGGGGGAAUCUGGAAGUGAGGGUACUUCAAACGGCUGAUCAUUGGUGUUUAUCCGUAAGUGAUCGAAUUUAUUUCAUUGUAUUGGAUGAAGUAAUAAUUGAAAGCAUCCGUAAUCUAUCUCGUUGCAGGACGAGAACGAGCGCGGCAAAGUGACCGAGAUCUUGUGCGAGUGGAUCGAGAUGGUCCUCGCGGGCAAGUGGAAGCCGACGGGCAACGUCGUCUCGAACCUCUAA